AUGAGUGCCCUGCGGCUCACGGACUGUGCGUUUCCAGUGCCGGGCCCGCAGGGGACCGUCAACCUUGGCACCUUCGUGUCAUCUUUCACAGUGAUGCCGUCAGCCCCUCCCGUCCUCGGCCCGCCACACUGGGCCCCCUGGCAGCAGCACCCACCGAACAUCCUGGGCCCAGUGUUGCCCUCAGGAAGCACCCUGGUGCUGCCGACUCUUCCCAGCACGCCGUUGGUGGCAGCACAGGCCAGCUGUGGCCCAGGCUGGCCCGGGGCCUGCAACGUCACUGUGCACUUCCUGGCGGCCUCGGGAGUGAAGACCAUCCUGCCCGCCCCUCCUGCCUGGAGCACCCAGGCUAGCGAUGAAGGCUGGUCCCUGCACCGUCCACCUCGAGCUGCAGUGCCAGCUGCCCAGCUGGCCUCUGGUGGGCUCCCAGCAUUGGCCAGUCCUCGUCCACCUGGGGCCGCUAGGAACAGCGGCCCGGCCUGCUCGCAGCCCACCGCCUCGCCCGGGAACACCUGCCACCGCACCAGCGUGAAAGAAAAGUUCCGGCGCUGGCAGCACUGCAAGCCCCUGGCCCGCAGGCACCUGCCCCAGAGUCCCGAUGCGGAGGCACUCUCCUGCUUCCUCAUCCCAGUGCUUCGGACCCUGGCCCGCCGGAACCCCACCAUGACCCGGGAGGAGGUCCUGCAGCGGGGCGUGCAGAAGUGGCAUUGUCUAAGCAAGUCAGAGCGCAGCAUCUACUAUGUGAUGGCGGGAAGGUUCAUGGAGUUCGAGGCCGAGGAGGCGAGGCAAUGUCAGAACGCACAGUGGAUGAAGGCGGCGCAGGGCGUGCCUCAUCCAGCACCCCUCAGGCCUGUUCCUCGGGCGCCCUCAGCCCCAGAGCGGGGCCAGAAGCGAGCUGGCCAUGACCCCCCACGGGAAUGUCCCCGAGCUCCGUCCUCCCUGAGCACGCUCAGUGCUGGGGAGGUGCGGCCAGGCUACCCACACUCCUUCCCUGCACCCUCCUCAGCACGCAUCCGCGAGAAGGCCAGCGCCGGGGCCCAGUCCGCCAACGCCCAGCCACCGCGAUGCCGGCAGAGCCCGCACACCGAGGCGCCGACGGAGAUCCCCCUCGAGGCCGUGGCAGAGGGCCUGGAGAUCAUGGAGGGGCUGCUGGGGCCCAGCGGCCCAACUCAGGGGCUGCCCGGUGAAGAACGUGGGGAGGAUAGCUCCAAGCCGCCACAGGGAGAGGAGGGCGUCUAUCCAGACGCGGGUCUCCUGACCUACAUCAAUGAGCUUUGUGCCCAGGGAGACUUUCUCAACAAGGCGGACGCAGUUCUGCACCCACGCUUCCUGGCGGAGUUGCCCUGCCCGGAAGCCCAGCUGGAUCUCUUGGCCCUCGCUGAGGAGCUGGAGCAGGAGGAAGGACUGUCUUUGCUGGAGCAGAAGCGACUCCUGGAACUGAAGCAGGAGGAGGGUGUGCAGGCCCCCGCGAGUCACGGCACACCCCGACUGGACUCAAGGCCUUCUGGGUCUGAGGCUGGCCAGGAUCCCCAGAGGCACGGCCACGGCCCCCAGCUAGGGGCCAGCGACCAAGCCUGCCCACCAGAGUCUGGUUGCGGGCAGCGCCAGGCGCACAGCCGAGGAGACGCUGGCGUGUGGAGGCCCGAAGCCUUCGCUGCCUCUCCAGGACGCCAGGAGCCCCCUCCCCUGAAGGCUGGCUGGCGGCCCCAUGCCCCCCAGGCUCGGUGCCGCACUUCGCCCAGCCUGGGGCCCAGGCUCGCCACUGCUCCGGGAGAGACCUGUCCUGCUCGGGAGCCCCUGGGGCCCACGGGCAGGCCCAGUGAGGGCGAGGAGGAGCUCCCCAGCCUGGCCUUCCUCCUGGCAUCUCAGCACACACUGCCAUCCUGGGGACUGCCCCAGAGUCCUACUCCAGGCUCAGACCUCCUCCGCCCUGGAGUACCCCAGGCCCGCUCUCCCCAGAAGCCGGGCCUCAGCCCCGCUGGCCCUCCAGCUGGCAAGGCCAGCAGUCGGGCCCCGUGUGCAGGCCCAGCCCCUGCUGGGAAGACACCCCUGCCAGGGGCCAGCCUCGGGGUCGCUGGGGGACCAGCCUUGGCUCUGGGGCUGGGCUGCCCCUCACAGCCCCGGAAGAGAAGGGGGGACCCUUUCGGCACAGGGAAGGGUAGGAAGCGGCCCUGCAGCCAGUAG